GAGGAGGAGGUUUGACCCGCAGGACUUUCUCUGCUUCUGCUCGGUUUCCUGUUGGACGCAACGACAGGGAGGGAAGAGACAAAGGGCUCCGUCCAGACCCCCCCCCCCCCCGCUCCUCAUAUACCCGGGACAUCCUCCGUCCGCUUCCAGACGCACCUUCCGCGCGGGCUGACGCUCACCACUGCGCACUGAGCCGCACGGAUCCGCACGAACCACGACCCCGAGGAAAGCACCGGGAACCUCUGAACGCAGAAACAGUGAAGAUGCUGCUGCCUCUGCUAAUCCUUCAGCUGCUCUGGGCUCCAGUCUUCAUGGCACCCGGUGGCGACCAGUGGGACGCAUGGGGUCCGUUUGGUGAAUGCAGUCGUACCUGUGGCAGCGGCGUUACCAUGAGGACCAGACGCUGCAUCACCCACAGGACUGAUGGAGGACACAACUGUGUCGGGCCAGAGAAGUCCUACCGUUCCUGCAACAUCCAGGACUGUCCCGAGGGCUCGAAGGAUUUCCGUGAAGAGCAGUGUUCCCAGUUCGACGGAACCGACUUCCAGGGGAAACGUUACAAGUGGCUGCCCUAUUAUGGAGCUGAGAACCCCUGUGAGCUGAACUGUAUGCCCAGAGGAGAGAACUUCUACUACCGCCAUCGCAGCUCCGUGGUCGACGGGACGCCAUGUCACCCCGGACGGAAGGACAUCUGUGUGGGCGGAGUCUGUAAGCGUCUGGGCUGUGACAACGUGCUGGAGUCGUCUCAGCAGGAGGACCCCUGCCUGCAGUGUGGGGGCAACGGCCAGUCCUGCCGCCAGGUCAAGAACGCCUUCAACCUACGGGACCUGCCCACCGGAUACAACCAGAUGUUCAUCAUUCCUGCUGGAGCCACAACCAUCAGCAUCAGAGAAACCGUGGCAACUCGCAACUACCUCGCCAUCAAGAACCUGCGUGGAGAAUAUUACCUCAACGGUCACUGGGUCAUCGAGUUUUCCAGAGCGACGCCGAUCGCUGGAACCGUCCUCCAUUACCAACGUGGCGCGGAAGGCGACAAUGUCCCCGAAACCAUCAUCGGCCGCGGCCCCACCACCGAGCCUCUGGUCGUAGAGCUGAUCAGUCAGGAGCCCAACCAGGGCGUGGACUAUGAGUACUACCUCCCCAACGGACGCUCUAACCAGGGCUACUACUGGAGCCAUGGGUCCUGGUCCGCCUGCAGCCGUGAAUGUGGAUCAGGAUACCAGUCCCGUCUGGUUUUCUGCACCAUCGAUAACGAGGCCUAUCCCGACUACCUGUGCGCAUCUCUACCCCGACCUCAGAGCAACCGCACCUGCAACCCCCACCCGUGCCCCCAGACCCGCAGGAUGGCAUACCUGUAUCCACUACAGCUGUGGAGACCCUCACAAACACCCAGACCCCUGGUGUUCAGCUGGAGAACCGGUGAGUGGAACACCUGCUCCGUCACCUGUGGAGGAGGAUCCCAGGUCCGCACCGUGGAGUGCAUUUCCCAUGAUGCCUCAGGACCCCGUGUGGUGGAAGACGCCGUUUGCGCCGCCUACUCUGCGGCUCCGCCCACCCUGCAGACCUGUAACAUGCAGCAGUGCGCCGAGUAUCGAGUUUCCAGAUGGAGCCAGUGUUCGGUGACCUGUGGAUCCGGUGAACAGACCAGAGAUGUGACCUGUGUGGGUUCAGGGGGGAGGAUGCUGGAGGAAACCGCCUGCAGCACUUUGCUCCGCCCCCAGUCCGUCAGGCCCUGUGAGAUGGCCGCCUGCUCCAGACAGAUCAGCUGGCACGUCGGCGAGUGGGGGCUGUGUUCCAGGAGCUGCGGUUCUGGUUCCCGGGAGCGUCAGGUGAUCUGUUCGGACCGAGAGAGGAACCUGUACUCAGUGGACCAGUGUAACGCCCACCCCAAACCCUCCACAGUGGAGCGGUGCAACACCCAGCCCUGCUACAGCCCACAGAUCGUCCCCAGUGUUCAGGACCCACGAGGACAUGACAACACCCAGACCGUCUUCCAACCAUACGUCCCCGACACAACAGGUCGUCGGACAGAGACAGUGGACUCCACCCACACCAACACCGUCCAGGACCCCCAUAGCUCCGCCCCCGCCCUCCACUGCAGCCAAUCCCAGUACGGCUGCUGCCCAGACGGACGCACCUCGGCCGGUGGCCCACAGGGUCUGGGCUGCCCCCGGGCCCAGUCCCCCACCCCGGUCCAGCCCUCCUGUCUCCUGUCCAGUUAUGGAUGCUGCCAGGACGGACUAACGACGGCGCAGGGCCCCAACAAGGAGGGCUGUCAGGAGUACAUGGCCCCCACGCCCACGGCGGCUCCUUCUCUUCCCACUGAAAACGCCGUCCAGUGUCGAACCACCACCUACGGCUGCUGCUACGACCGAACCUCACCUGCCGCCGGACCCAAUGGCGAGGGCUGCCCUGACCCGCCCAGCUACAUCGAUCGUUCCAUCUGCUCCCUCCCUCGCGCUGCCGGCUCCUGCACCGGAUGGACGUCACGCUACCACUACGACGUCAUCACCUCCAAGUGUGUACACUUCUGGUAUGGUGGUUGCCACGGUAACAGCAACAACUUCAUGACCCGGGCCGAGUGCCAGAGGGCGUGCCCGGUGCCCGCCCCCAGCCAGCAGGCCCCCAGUACGGCUAUGACACCCGCCAGAGGAUCCGGAUCUGGGAGGGCCACGCCUGGACGAGGCACCGGCUCCGGAACUGGAACCGGGUCCAGAGGCGGAGCCAGAGCGGGAGGAUCCACGCCCGCCGGAGGGUCAGCGGGCGGCCGCGAUCGCAGCAUGGGCAGGGUCUUCACGGUCCAGGGCGGGUCCACCGGCGCCACCAGACAGGCCAGCAGCGCCGCCACGCACGCCCACAGAGCCCGGGUGUCCAUGCACGCCCGCCGGCCCUCGCACGCCGCCGCCGCUCAGCACAGCAGCCCCGCUGCCAGUUUGACGUUGGGUGGAGUGACCAUCGAUAAGUCGGACCCGUCCACAGUGGAGGCGUUGGUUGGACAGACGGUCGUCCUUCCUUGUAGAGUCAGUCCACCGCCGUCCGCAACCGUCACCGUGGAGUGGAGACGAGACGGCAUCGCCCUGUCCACCCAUAGACAUCACCAACAGUCCUCUGGGUCUCUGCUGGUCGGUCCUCUGUCCAAGUCGGACUCAGGUUGGUUCUUAUGCGUCGCUACUCGUGAGCGGGACAGAGACCACCGCUACAUCUACCUGUCUGUCUCAGAAGGAUCUCCGCUGGUUCCAACGUCGCUGCCCAGAGACGGACCUUUCCCACGGUUCAACAUCGAGCGUUCGGGUUCGUCGUUUCUGGAAAUGCAGUCGGGACAAACAGCCAGACUUCCCUGCACCAUCAUCCCUCGUUCAGCGCUUCAGUCGGUCAACAUCCAGUGGACAAAGGACGGACAGAUCAUCAGUAACUCCAGGUUCAGCCGGCGUCCAGACGGGACCCUGACCAUCAGUCCUCUGAGGUCUGAGGACUCUGGACUCUACACCUGCACCGCCUCCAGCCCACAUCAGCUGGAGCAGAGGCAGCUGCAGCUCAAAGUCCAAGCUGACCUGAGGAUCACCACAGCUCCUAACAACAUCCAGGUCCAUGAAGGCAGCACCGCCCUCCUGCCCUGUGUGGUGUCUGGAGACAACGUCAACAUCGGAUGGUCACGGAAUGGGGUUCCAGUGCGUCCGGAUGGGCGUAACGUCCUGUUGUCGUCCGACGGGAGCCUGAUCCUAAACAGCGUCAAAGCCUCAGAUGAAGGAACCUACACCUGUAACGCCUACACCGGCAUCUACUCAGUGAGCGCCACGGCUGAGGUGAAGGUCAUUAAAGACACACAACAAGGUUCUGAUGUUCCUCCAGAAUGUGUGGAUCAGCCUGAACUUGCCAACUGCGAACUCAUCGUUUACGCCCGACUUUGUUCCAACCCGUAUUAUUCCAGUUUCUGCUGCGCCAGCUGCACCAGGCACUCCAGGAACGACAGGUUUGGACGACUGUGGUAGAGGCGCCAACGUUCGGAAACUAUGGGAAACGGGUCGGGGUUGAAAUACCGGAGCGAAUUCAGAGGUUUUUACUCUGAAAUGGUGAAGCUUCCAAAGGGACUGGAACGAUCCGAGGAAACACCGACAGCGGUUUGUUCACGACGGCGACUGAAACAGAAACUUUUACCAAUUUAAUGACCUGAUAAAGUUCUAACAGAACUGGGCCGUACGACCAAAACAUCACUUCAAACCGAUGAUUAACACGGUAAAUAUUAAAUGAUUACUGCUGAUCUUCUGAAGAACGUUGAAGAAAACAGUCAGACAUAAAAGAUACAACAAGACGUAA